AUGCGCAAAACAUUAGUAAACGCACUUAUACAGCCGCACAUCAACUACUGCUCAGCGGUAAUAUAUGGCCUGAGCUCUGUACUUGAUGGUAAGCUUCAACGUCUUGCCAAUAAAGGUAUUCGCUUUGUGCUGGGCCUGCCCUGGGACGCCCAAAUAACGCAGGCCAGAAAAGACCUAAACUGGCUUACUGUCCGCAAAGCUAGAGCUCGGAGUGUGCUGAACAUCAUCUGGGCGGCGAUCCAUGAACAUACUCCUUCGUACCUUGCUGAACUUAUAUCUGUAUACACAUCUGCUCGUGUACUGCGCAAUCAAAGUGCUGCAAUUACUUUGACGGUUCCAAAUCACCGAACGAGCUCAUACAAAGCGGCCUUUGCGGUAACAGCACCUUAUCUCUGGAACAGCCUGCCUGAUGACGUUAAACUUGUACCUGAUUUCGCCAGUUUGUAA